AUGGCCUCGUUGUCUUCGAACCAGCCCAAUGUCACCCUCUACAUCAACAAUCUCAACGAUAAAGUCAACAAGGACGAGUUGCGUACUCAGCUCUUUGCUCUUUUCACGACAUACGGCAAGCUCGUCGACAUUGUCGCGUCGAAAAGUCCAGCUAUGCGAGGCCAGGCCUUCCUCGUCUUCACCGACCUGGCGGGAGCGACUGCAGCCUUGCGUGCAUGCGAAGGCAUGAUGUUCUACGACAAACCUAUGCAUAUCGACUAUGCCAAAACGAAAUCAUAUGCGACCCUCCGGAGAGAAGACCCCGACUUUGUACCACCAAAAUCAGCAAACGCUAGUGCAUUCGUCAAUGGUGACAAAAAGCGGCGCAGAGACGCAGAGGCAGCGGAGGAAGAGCCUAAUGCAAAACGGGAUAAGGCUGAGGAUCAAGAUGACGAGGAGAUGGAAAUAGACGAUGACGAUGACGAUGCACCUUCACCGCCUACCUUUUCUUCGGCUGCACUCCCUCCUCAAAUCGACCAGCCCUCAGCACGACUACUGUGUACGAAUCUUCCGCAAGAAGUGACAGACGAUGUGCUUGCAGUGCUGUUCCAACAGUACCAAGGCUUCCAAGCCACUCAGGUUACCCAGUCACCGACACCCAAUGCAGAUGGUGCGAAAGUAAAACUUGCUCAGGUACUAUUCGAGUCUGCUGAGUUGGCGACUGUGGCCAAGAAUGCUCUCGACGGGUUCAGCAUGAAGAAGGGAUGGAAAAUGUCGGUGGCGUAUAUCUAA